CCGGCCGGGCCCAGGCCGAGACGCAGCGGCCAGCGCGGCCGCCAGCGACCCGGACCGCGACGAGCAGGCGGCGGCUGCAGGCCCUUCAGGUCAGACAUCUCCGAGGAAGUCGUUGCCUGCCCCGCUGACCGCGUGCCUUGUGGUCACACUGAUUGAUCUUCGGUGGCAAACAGAAAACUCCUGUGUCCUCAGCUUAGCCAGAGCUGGUCGUGGUCAUCGGUCUGUCCUUGACUGCUGUGCUCAGCGAAGGAGCCUGCGCCCGCCCCUGAGCAGCGACCAUGGGCCUGCUCGCCUACCUGAAGACCCAGUUUGUGCUGCACCUGCUCAUCGGGUUUGUCUUCGUGGUGAGCGGCCUGGUCAUCAACUUCACCCAGCUGUGCACGCUGGCGCUCUGGCCCAUCAACAAGCAGCUGUACCGCCGCCUGAACUGCCGCCUGGCCUACUCACUCUGGAGCCAACUGGUCAUGCUCCUGGAGUGGUGGUCCUGCACGGAGUGCACUCUGUUCACCGACCAGGCCACGGUGGACCACUUUGGGAAAGAGCACGUGGUCAUCAUCCUCAAUCACAACUUUGAGAUCGACUUCCUCUGUGGGUGGACCAUGUGUGAACGCUUUGGUGUGCUGGGGAGCUCCAAAGUCCUCGCCAAGAAGGAGCUGCUGUACGUGCCCCUCAUUGGCUGGACGUGGUACUUCCUGGAGAUCGUGUUCUGCAAGAGGAAGUGGGAGGAGGACCGGGACACGGUCAUCGAGGGGCUGAGGCGCCUGGCUGACUACCCCGAGUACAUGUGGUUCCUCCUGUACUGUGAAGGGACGCGCUUUACGGAGACCAAGCACCGCGUCAGCAUGGAAGUGGCUGCCUCCAAGGGGCUGCCCCCCCUCAAGCACCACCUGCUGCCUCGGACCAAGGGCUUCACCACCGCGGUCCAGUGCCUGCGGGGCACAGUUGCAGCUGUCUAUGACGUGACCCUGAACUUCAGAGGAAACAAGAACCCGUCUCUGCUAGGGAUCCUCUACGGGAAGAAGUACGAGGCGGACAUGUGUGUGAGGAGGUUCCCGGUGGAGGAGAUCCCUCAGGAUGAGAAGGGGGCAGCGCAGUGGCUCCACAGGCUGUACCAGGAGAAGGAUGCGCUGCAGGAGAUGUACAAGCAGAAGGGCGUGUUUCCCGGGGAGCAGAUCCGGCCUGCCCGGCGGCCGUGGACCCUGCUGAACUUCCUGUGCUGGGCCACCGUCCUCCUGUCCCCGCUCCUCAGCUUCGCCUUGGGCGUCUUUGCCAGUGGAUCCCCUCUCCUGAUCCUGACCUUCCUGGGGUUUGUGGGAGCAGCUUCCUUUGGAGUCCGCAGACUGAUAGGAGUGACUGAAAUAGAGAAAGGCUCCAGCUACGGAAACCAAGAGUUUAAGAAAAAGGAAUAAUUAAUGGCUGUGAUUGAACGCACAUAACCCGACGUGGUAUCAAAUUAACUCAAUUAAAAACAGAACAACACACACAGAUCGAGGGGAAAGAGACACUUAGAAACUAUUUUUCUUAUUAACUGGUGACUAAUAUUAACAAAUAAAACUUGAGCCAAGAGCAAAGCACUCAGAAGGCCUGCGGUGAAGGCGUGCGCUCCCAGCUCCCACGUGCAGGACCCUCCCGAAUCCCGGGCAGAAGCAGCUCCUCCCGGGAGCCCCUCAGGGCUGGCAGGAUGGAGGAGGCCCCUGGUGUGCUCCUCAGACUCCACCUCCAAGAGGGGCCUGGGCUGCUCUCUUCUUAAACUUUGGUCGAGGUUUUGGUUUUUAUCAGUCAUCUCGGGAACCUACCCUGGCCCUCUUUUGCGCCCCCAGACACUGGCUCUUAAAGAACUUUCUGCUGUCCUCCCAGCGUGGGUUGAUGGGCCCCAGCCCCCAGAGCUCACUCAUCCCACUCGCUUUGCACCUUGGCUUCUGGGUGGUGGGAGGGCCCCAAAGAGAAAGUCCUUUCUGUGAUAAGCACAUACUGAAUGUAAAUCAGACUGAUUCUGAGCAGGUCCCAUGGUUGUCCUGCCUCCCCUGGGCCGGCUGUGUUCUCCAGCACCGUCUGCCCCUCCUCCUUAACCUGUGUGGAAAUGCCUUCCAGCUCUUUUUAAAGUGAGUGGGCUCCUGACAGCUCCAGGGAAUGCGGCAUUCUCCUGUUCCCAGAGCUGUAUUGUCCUGUCCCGUUCUUGUCUUCAUGGCCACCAGGCUCUGCCCCCUGUACCGGGGCUGGGCUAGAGGGUCAUGCAGGGCCCACAGAUUAAGAGCCAGCCCUGUGGGGGCUUGGAAGGAGGCCGUCCUCUAAAGGCACGUGGCGACAGCUGAUGCCCACCUGUGGGCUGACUUGAUCUCACUAGCUGGCCUCUGGCUGGCCUUCCUGAUGGAAACCAGGGUGGGGCCUCCCUCCCCUCCACGAGGGGCUACCCUGUGUCCCGGGGAGGGCCUGCCUCUGUCCAGGCAGAUGUCAUCUCACCAGGCCUGUGCCCACAGUGCCCCGCCCCCACCUUGGUGACAUCCCUGAGUGUCCCCACAGGACAGGGUGUUCUCACCGAGGUCCCCUGGGCCCACCGGGAAUGCUUCCUCCUGCAGCACAGGUAAUGCACGCUGGGCUUGGUGAGGGCAGCUGCUGGGUGGACAGGAGUGUGUCAAGCCCCUCCUGGCUUCCAGUGAACCCAGGCCUCCUUGGCUACUGUCCACCCUGUCCACCACCUGCAUUGGGCUUUUGUCUUGAACCUUGAACUGGCUCUUUUAAAGUCACACUCCCUUCAUUUUUUUAGCAAGGGGGGGUGGGGGAACGGGUGUUCUCUCUGAUACAUUGUAACCAGCAUUCUGAACACAGGCAGAAAUGGAGGAAAGGCCUGGAGAAGAAACGGACUGAGUGAGAGUGACCAUGCCUCGGCCCUCAGUGCUGGGGGAGAUUGGGCGAGGUGGUGCCUCCUCUCUAGGGGACGCUUCUGAGCCAUGUGGUCUGUGUGGAAGGCAGAGGGGAGCCCCCGUGGGCGUGUGCGGGCUGGUGAGUGACAGGGAGUGGCACGUUCCUUGUGAGGAUGGCGGGCAAACCAAGCAAGACAAGAGGAGACACUGAACCUCUUCCCUCGGCCUCACCCGUCUCUCCCGGCCUCCUCCUCUGCACAGAGCCGGGUGCCCCUCUGGGUGGCCCCACCCUGAGGUUUCUUUUCUUCCCGUGCUGGCUGCUCCUCUCUCUGCCCCUGGUUAGGUCUGCAUCUGUCACUAGUUCACUGACACCUAGGAAAUCCCAAGGGAAAAAGGCCAAGGGCACUACAUGCACGUCCAUGCCCCAGGAAUGCCAGUCUCCCGUUCUGCCAUGAAUCAAUAGCUCUGGCUUCCCAGAGAGUCUCCCUCCCUUUGAAAUCAAUAUGUAAUGUAAAUUCCGCCUUGAGUCCAUGAGCGAGCCGUGAGGGAUCCAGGCACAGGCUUACCUCUGCCGUGGAGAGGCUGAUGACGGCAGCCCAGCGUGCACACCUAAUGCGAGCCUUCUGAGAGCAAUAAAAACUGCACCGUGAAUGUUUGGGGGUUUGGGUAUUGUUUUUUGAGGGUUCUGGAUUUUGCUUUCCAUUUGCUUCAGAAGGAAAGGGGAGGAGAGCCCCUUGAUUUUAAAUUAAACGAGUCUCUGCACGGUGCUUUUCUCUCUUCCUUCACGCUCUGCUUCUGAAUCCAGUCGUUUCUGGUGUCAUGUCCAAGUUCAGGCUGUGUUCGGGCAGAAGCAGUCCGACGGCCCCCAGACAUUGUGCUGGUUGUGGUGGGGGGGAGCGCCCCAGGCCCCGAGUGGCUCAUGUCCUCCGGGGCUACAGGUAGGGAGGUGCUGCCCGCUGCCCCCGUGGCUCAUGGUGCUCCUUCAGGGCCCGGCACCUGGCCGGCUGAGCUGAGCCUGGGACGUGGUCUCAUGGGCUGUCUGCUCAGGCCCCGGAGCAGGUGCCCUGGGGACUCCAUCCUCAGCCUUCUGCUGCGGCCAGUGUGUGGAGCCGCCCCCACAAGCCAGCUCAGGCCGACUCUGAUGCCGUGGGGAGCAGGGGGGAAGCGGCAGCUCUUUGGGCCUCUCUAGGGAGCUGUGUGGUGCCUGGCAGGUCACAGUGCCUUUGUGCAGCUGCCAGUGUCUAGGGACCUUGUGCUCUUCCCCAGGGGUUUUCUACUAGUGUCCUAACAGUGGUUGUCCCCAGGGCUCAGGGGGAGAAGCUGGGGACAGCUGAGUGGUCAGAAGGGAAGGCACUUCCUCCACGGGGACACUCUCUCCUCCCAGCAAAGGCCUUGAGGAGCUCUGAAAAGGCUUCUCACUGAUAAGCCGCUAACCCAGAGAAGGGGGCCACACUGCUGCCUGUGCUUGGUGGUGGCUACCCAAGGCCCAGCCUGGUGAGGUGCUGUGAGGUCCCUGUCCUCAAGGAGCAGAGCUGGCUUGAGGAAUUGAGCUCUGAAUAUAUAAACCACUGAGCAACCCGACCAGCACCAUAAAGCACUUUCUUAUAAAAAACAAUGCCGGUCAUUACCACCGACCAGUUCUGAAUCUGCCUGUCUGCCCCGUCCUCCCCUCUGCGCCGGCUGGAGAACCCCCCCUGGCCCUGGUCUGUUCGGGGUGUUGCUGAGCACUGACGCUGAAGAAAAGGCAGUGGCCGGACCCAGCUGUGUGUCACGCUCUUGUGUCAUUUACGAGAUGUCAGGAGGCCACCGUGCCCCUGGGGACUACCAGCUAAAUCUGAUUCCUGGAGAUGAAUGUGGCUCUUUCUGCAUGUUGCUUUGUCUCUGCCUGAGACCUUAUAGGACAGGCCAAGUGACACCCUCCUAGCCUUGCUGACUGUCUUCUGGAUCGUGCCACCCAGGCAUACCUGCUGCUGCAGACCCCUCCCCGCUGGCCGGCUGCAUGCGGUCCCUGCAUGCAUCUCUCGUGCUGAGCGGUGUGGCGUGGCAGAUUCUGACCCUUCUACAGUGUGACGAGGCUCGGGGUUAAGACGGGGAGUCUGAUGCACCCGCCUACCUUCUUUCUGGAAACGGCGUGUCCCUGGUCCCCGGGCCUGCCCUUUUCUCUAGUGGGCUGGCUCCCAAGCCCAAGGCAAGCCACCCCAGAGCAGCUUGGGCCUGGGGGGUACACCACUGAUCUGGGCUUUGGCUUUAUCCCAGAACACUGCUGGGGACUGCCCAGUGGGUACUGACACAUGGGCUCCAGACUCUGUUGUAUCAGGGCCAGGGACAGAUUUUGGGUAAAAUGUCACCCUGCGAUCUGCUUGCUGGAGAGGGGAGGGCGUGUAUGAGUGAGGUUUGUUACAAGCAUUUGCGGCUUCGGGGGAAAUGGCAGCAUUCUCGUCACCUGCUCCGAGAGCACUCUUGGGAGCCCAGGAGGUCACCGGAGAAGCUGACGUGAGUCCGCCUGGGCAGCAGCCACACGGGCUCUUCACAGAUGACGGGUUGUUGCAAAUCGCUUUGUGCUGACAAGGUCACCUGGAGCUCUCUUUUCUCCUUAAUUUUUCAGAUUAACUUUUUGUUGCAGAAGUGUUUAGACAGCAAUUGAACUGUGAAUGAGAUACUGAAAUGCACUAAAUUGUAUUAAAUUAAACUGGAGUUACUUGAUCCAAUGAAGACAUGCAUCUGCUCUAGUUGUAUUUAUUGUCUCAGAAUUGUAUGUUGUGACAAUCAAAUGUUCCUUGCCUCCAUGCCAGGAGACGCCACUGGCUUCUUAAUCCUGAGGAUUGCCAGCAAGCGCGGACUCCACACGAACAUCUCUGGAAAGCCACGCAGACCGCGACUGCAGUGCCGCGUGGCAGACGUGGGGGUUCUUUUUCUAUCCUUGAAAAAUUGCCAUGCCCGACGUCAUCGCCACUUUCAAAGGGAUACAUUGUAUACAGGGUGCAAAUGUAUUAUAGGGUGUUUCCUUUUGUAUACUUCAUUUUUACAAGUUUUGCUACUCACGAGCUUUGUGUAGUCGAGGAGAGGUAUUUUGGUGUGUGGAAACUUGUCGGUCGGGGUGGGGGUGACUUAGACUUCACAGGCCCGUGUCCCCAAGGACUGGCGGUGCUGUUCUGCAGGGCCGCAUGGAAGGCUGCGUGAGCGGCACUCUGCUCUCGUGCGGUGGUAUUUUCUGGAUAAAUGCUGCAGGCAUCGUUCUUGUUUGUUAGAAAUGCUGCUGUGAAGGAGAGAGAAAAUGUCCACAAUACAAGAGAAAGUGACUCUUG